UUCCCAUAAUGCUCCGUGACAGCCGCUAUGGAGGCCGGCAGGACGGCUGUGCUCCGUGUGAAGCGGAAGCGCAGCGCGGAGCCCGCCGAGGCCCUAGUCCUUGCUUGUAAACGCCUCCGGGACAGUGCAGACGAGUCGACCGCCCAGACGUCCCUCGAGGGUCUAGAGAAAGCGGCGGAGAAUAAUGUCUUCCAGUUGGUGGCCACCGUGCGCUCCCAGGAGGAACCAGUCCAACCGCUCUUGCGGGAAGCCCUGCGCCCUUCCCAAGGCAGCCAGCAGCGUAUCCGCCGUGACCUCCGUGCAUCGGCUCGGGAGACCCGGCAGGAGGGCCGCUACAGGGUGGUCUCCAGCCGCAGAUCUUUGGGGAUUCCCUCAAAUGGCCCGGUGUCCGAGGGCGCACCUGAAAAUCCAGGCGCUACCGAGGAUGCCGGAUUCCAGCUGUUCGACCUGGUCCACGAAGAAGGAGACACAGAGGCUGCCUCAGCAAGGUCAUACAAAGCCUCUGACCCAGAUGUGAUCCUCUGCAAUUCUGUAGAGUUGAUCCGUGAGCGGCUGACUAUAUCUGAGGAUGGGCCAAGGGUUGGACAGCAGGAGGAACAGAAGGACGACUAUGUAUAUGACAUUUACUACUUGGAGAUGGCCACUCCAGGAUGGAUUGAGAACAUCCUUUCUGUGCAGCCCUACAGCCAGGAGUGGGAGCUGGUGAAUGAUGACCAACAACCAGAGGAUAUUUAUGAAGAUGAAGAUGAUGAGAACAGUGAGAAUAACUGGCGCAAUGAGUACCCAGAAGAAGAAGAGGACAGUGACGGAGAUAAAGAUUCCAGGGGUUCUGAUGAAUACAACAGCCUUAGUGAAGAAGAAGGAGGCCAUCGCAGACCACAGCUGUGGAGCAAAUAUCCUGUGAACGUGCAGAAGGAGUUUGGCUAUGACAGCUCUCACGACCUAGAUUCAGACUGAUGGUCCUGUGACAGCCGUGAGGUUCUACCAUGCCCUGAGGGCUCUUGGACUGCAGCAUCUGCAACCUUGGCAGUUUCCUUCGAUUUCCUCGCUUAACAGGGGAGGAGAAAGCAUAUCAAACAGCACUGCCCCACUAUAGUGAAAGCUAAGGGAGUGUCUUUGCACUGAGUAGAGCCAUUCUGCCUCACUUAAAAGUGAUCCUAUGGCCCUACAAUGGCAACUUAGGGGGGAAGCAUGAAUACGAAGCUUCCAGAGGAUUUUUCCAGCUUUCCCAUACCACCACAUCGCCCGCCUCCAGUAAAAGCCUGUCCCCUUUGUUGGAAGAGACUUAGGAGAGUGCCAUUGGAUCCCUUGUAGCACCACAGUACAGACUGGACAAUAAUGGCCAUUAGGAAAGGACAAAGAAUCUGCCUGAGCUGUGGAGGCUUCAAAUGUUUAUUUGCAGCAUUUGCCAAAAACAGCUUUGCAGCAGCCACUAGUCAUAUGUGGCUGUUGAGCACUUAAAUGUGAUCCGUCUGCGUCUGCCUCCCUGCUUCUGGGCUCUGGUGAUGGCUGUGAAGAUUUCUGUCUUCCUUUUGCAGUGCUGCCAGGGGACAGAGUGUAUGAAUGUAGUAACUGUUCAGUAAAAACUAACUUUGAACGCGGGAGCAAGUAAUUCCUCCAAAGCCUUUUAAAUCUGAAUAUCUUA